UGAGGUAAUGCCAUCCUCCUAUUAUACUGAUCUCCCUGAUGAGAUACAGGACAACUGGGAUCCAGACUCUCAUGUAUUUAACCCGGAGGUGUCUCCCCCUCAUAGUCUAUCCUCUAAAAGCCCGGCUAAAACGCGGAUGAAAUAUGACCAUUCAGAGCAAUCCCCUGUAAUUCCUGCGACAUCAUCAAGCCAGGACCAGGUAGGCCUUAAAGUGGCAUCAUCAAUAGCCUGUUAUCCUACCUCAGGCAAACCGGUCCUUGAUACUACCAUGAAGGAUAUGCUUUUAUCCCUUCAAUCGUCACUUAUGGUGAAUAUAUCUGCUAUGCUCAAUAACUUUUCUAUUGAAAUGAAAGGUUUGGGAGAGAGGGUCCUCCAUGUAGAAAAUAAGAUUGAGAAACAAUCAAAAACUGUGAACAAUUUGGUUAACGCAUAUAGAGAUCAAAUGGAUGAUGCAGAUUGGAUGCGUGCUAAAAUCGCGGAUUUGGAAGAUCGCUCUAGGAGGGAAAACAUUAAACUGAGGGGAGUUCCUGAAUCUAUUGCUCAGGCAGAUCUACAAAAGUAUGCGGGAGACAUGAUAAUGGUCUUGUUACCGGACAUAUCCCCAAUAGAAAGAAUGAUUGACCGUAUACACCGCAUUCCUAAACCGAAACACCUGGACGCAUCCGUCCCACGCGAUGUUCUCAUGAAAAUAAAUUUUUUCCCUACUAAAGAGAAAUUGCUGACCAGAGCUCGAUCCCAACCUGAACUCCCUGCUCCUUAUAAGGAGGUUCAUAUGUACGCUGAUUUGUCAAAAUAUACUCUCAAUAUGAGAAGGCAGCUGAAAACUGUCACAAAAGCUUUAAACAACCAUAAGAUCCCAUAUAAGUGGAGACAUCCUGCUACAUUGCUGAUAACAUCUAACGGGAAAACCAUCAUCAUAUCCAAGCCUCUGGAUGGACUUCGCUUGCUGCACUCGUGGGGCAUUCUCCCUAAACUAUCUGAUGAGGAAAGACGGGCUAUGGACGGUAUACAUCUUGGUAAAGGAAGCAACACAGCUCAUCACAUCCCUGCUGCAAAGUAAUACAUUGAAGAAGUAUUUGUUGAUAUUUUUCACUGCAACAAUGUUCCCUGGAUGCCAGUCUUUACAUCCUUUGCUGUUUGAACAUUACCCUGUUAUAGUGUCGGGUUACUAAUAUCACCCGACAUUAGUUGCAUUUGACACUUUUGUUCUGGUAUUGCUCUAUCCAAGUUUGUAGGAUAUAUUUCUGUUUAAGCAUAUCUUGCCUUGAAUAUCCUACUUCCUUGGUCCUGUUCUGAUUGAGCAACUCACUGAUACCUAUUUUUUAUUAUAUUUGUGUGCCUUUUUUUUUUGUUUGUUUGUUUUGUUUUGCCCUGUGUUUUUGUGUUUUUCUUUUUCUUUUCCCCUUAUCAUUCUAGUAUAUAGUGUACUAGGUAGUUAUUUUCUGCACACUACUCCCAAAAUUUGAACAUCAUCGGCACAUUCCAGCAGCUUCUACACGCUAUUCACAAUGUCUAUCAAUUUUCUUUCACUUAAUGUGAAGGGACUGAACCACCCAGCAAAACGUUCUUCGCUUUGGAGAACUGCUAUCUCCCACAAAUGCGAUGUACUUUGCGUGCAGGAAACGCACUUUGCUCAAGGGGCGACCCCCCAAUGUAACAAUAGAUCCUUUCCCUAUGUUUUUAAGGCUGACUUUUCUAGAAAACAAAGGGGUGUCUUGAUUGCCAUCCGUGA